AUGAAGCUCGAUGAGCCGGUUCUCAAAAUCGGCAACUACAUUCUCCGCGAGACGAUUGGCUCGGGAUCGUUUGGAAAAGUGAAAUUGGGCAUUGAGGAAAAAUCGCAAUACAAGGUGGCGGUGAAGAUUCUGAAUCGUAAGAAGAUGAAGGAGAUGGACACGGUGGCGAAGAUCCGGAAAGAAAUCCUACACAUGGAGAAGUUGCAACACCCACACAUCACACGUCUCUUCAACGUCAUUUGCUCGCCCUCUGAUAUCUUUGUGAUUAUGGAGUAUGUGUCCGGUGGCGAGCUUUUCAGCUAUAUCACUCGAAAAGGCUACUUGUCUGUAAAAGAAUCGAGAAAACUGUUCCAGCAAAUCAUUUCCGGCGUCGGAUAUUGCCAUAAGCAUAUGAUUGUGCACCGAGACUUGAAACCUGAGAAUUUGCUGCUUGACCAAUAUCGCAAUGUGAAGAUCGCCGACUUUGGAUUGUCAAAUUUGAUGACGGACGGUGAUUUUCUCCAGACAAGCUGCGGAUCGCCGAACUACGCGGCACCGGAGCUCAUUUCAAGCAAAUUGUAUGCUGGUCCCGAAGUCGAUUUGUGGUCUUGUGGCGUGAUCCUCUACGCGAUGCUCUCUGGAACACUUCCAUUCGAUGAUCAGCAUGUGCCGACACUAUUCCAAAAGAUUAAAACUGCAUCGUUUGUGAUUCCGGCGAACAUGGACUCGCAAGCGGCCGAUUUGAUCUGCAAAAUGCUGAAAGCUGAUCCGAUGAAGAGAGCGACGAUCAAGGAUAUCAUCGACCACGAGUUCUUCCAGAAGGAUCUUCCUUAUUAUUUGUUCCCAGAAAGUGGGCAUGGUGAAUCAUCGAUUGUAGAUAUCGACGCAGUUCAAAAUGUCGUUGAGAAAUACAAUGUGAAAGAGGAAGAUGUCACAAAUGCGUUACUCGGUGAUAACCCGCACCAUCAUUUGGCGAUCGCUUACCACCUCGUCGUCAACCAUAAAAGGAAUGGUGAUGAGGAAACUCGCAAAGCAAUCGAGGAUUUCUACCUUCUUGGACAACAAGGACGACACAAUAAAUUCCCGAAAAAUUUAGCUGGAAUUGAUCUCGAAAAAGGAUUCGAUGCGACGAAUACAAAUAAGCGCAAACUGUGGCAUCUUGGCGUUCGAUCAAUGUCGGGACCAGAUGAGACGAUGAUGCAUAUUUACAAAGCGCUGAAGAAGAACGAUCUCGAAUGGAAAGUUUUGAAUUUUUAUCAUAUAAUUGUGAGAAACAAGCCGACUGAGGAGAAUCCGGAUCCGAGCCGAUUGUCUCUUCAAUUGUACACACUUCCCGAUAAGCAAGGAUAUUUGCUCGAUUUCAAGUCUCUGUGCGACGAGGAAGAAACUAAUUUGCCGGCAAGCAGAUGCAGAUCCCGACAGGCGUCAAUGUGCGCGGGAAGAUCGAUUCCAGGAACGCCAAAGUGUUUCGACAAGGCGACAAGUCCAUCCAUUCCGAUUCCAUCGACGGUUGACGAUGCUGAUAUGGCCGACAAGAUGUCGAUGACGCCGACACCGAAGAACAUAUCAUUUUCCGAAUUGACUCAUUUGAAUUCGUCUUCGGCUAUUUUUUCGACUUGUGGCGACGAAUUCGAACGCAGUCGCUCAGCGACAAUGGAAUUCUUCAUGCUCUGCCAUACGAUCAUGAAAUCUCUUCUCAUCUAG